GUCAAUGAUGCAGGACCAGGAAAGGAAGCUAAAAUGCAUGUAUUCACCUCGGUAGAAACGGAUUUGGAUGCUCCUGCCAAACCAACCAGUGCUUCAUCGUCAACAAUAACAUCCUCAUCAGUUGCCAUCGCAUUACAUCUACCAAUAUCAUCACCCUACAUAACGGGAAUUCAAAUUGGUGUUCGGCGAGUGCAGCCCAUUGUGACCGCUGAAACAACAAAUUCCAGGCACCUUCGAUCAUCCAAUGCAACAAUGACAAACGAAUACAUAGCAGCAGAAUUGCGUAAAAACAGUCUUCCAGAAACGUUCACUGUGGGUGAUGGGAAGUAUUAUGGCGGAUACCAUAACACAGCUUUGAAGAGUAAUACUACGUAUGCUAUAUACCUCGGAUCAGUCAGCAGGACAUCAGAUAAGGAGUUUUCCGUUGUGUGGGGAGAACCACUGAGAAUCAAAGUGCCAGGAGGUAUGUGGGUGCAAGGAUACUCUACCCAGAAACCCAUUGCAGUUCCAGAGGGUAGUUUUCCGCUGGUUCCCGUUGUCAUACCAACGUCGGUUCUUUUCCUCAUUGGCUGCGUAGUUACUGCUAUCACUUACAGGAGGAAAAAGGAUGCAGGCACACAUCAUAGCAAGCCAGAUGAAAGCAGUCAUACAAGUAGAGACAUUGACGAGGAGGUAGAAACUUCAUUCAGUGUAGUUGAACACAGUCCAGAAAGAAGACCAACUGAAACAAAACCACAGCCAGCCAUUCAGCAAGAACAACUACAACCACGAGGAAUUGCUCUUACUGAGUUUGAGGACUAUGUCAGCGGGAAGAAAUCGGAAUCACACAAAGACGGCAAUGGAUUCCUACGUGAUUUUGAGAGUUUGCCAGUUGGUCCUCUUCAUUUAAUCACCGUGGCCAAACAUGAACAGAACAAAGAGAAGAAUCGAUAUGUCAACGUCCUUCCCUAUGACUAUUCACGCGUUGUACUGGAGCAGCUUCCGGAUGAGCCGUUUUCAGAUUACAUCAACGCAAGUUAUAUGGACGGUUUCAAUGAGCCGAACGCAUACAUUGCGUGUCAAGGUCCAACCAAUGCCUCUAUUGACGACAUGUGGCGGAUGGUGUGGCAGCAGAACUCAGCCACUAUGGUCAUGCUCACUAACCUAGAGGAGGGGAACAAGAUUAAAUGUGAGAAGUACUGGCCAGAUCAGACGGCAGUGUAUGGCAACAUCAUAGUCAACGGAAACAUGGAAGAGAAACACGAUCAUUACGUCAUACGUGACUUUCUCGUUGCUUGUAAGUCACAGGAACGAUGUUCAAGAAAUGUCCGUCAAUAUCACUUCUGUACAUGGCCAGAUAUGGGUUUGCCUGAUGACCCUAGUGUAGUUGUUAAUUUCAUCCAACUCAUCAAAGAAUACAAUCCCAAGAAGGCUGGACCAAUGAUCGUACACUGCAGUGCAGGAAUUGGCCGGACUGGAGUGUUCAUUGUCUUGCACUCAAUGUUUGAGAAGGCUAAGAUAGAGGGCAGAGUGGACAUCUGGAACUUCGUUUGUGCGAUGCGAGACCAGAGGCUGCACAUGAUUCAAACUGCGGUCCAGUAUGAGUUUCUCUUUGAUGUUCUUCAUGAGACAAUCCUAAGUGGAGAUACAGCAAUACGGCAAGAUAGCUUCUUAGCUGAACUAGCUUUCCUGAAGAAGGUUACAACGUCAACGGGGAAGUCUGGAUUACAGCAACAGUUAGAGAAACUCAAUUCAGUGACUAAACCGGUCAACCGUGAUGAUUGUCAGGCGGGUCAGAUGCCAGAAAAUGCCCAUAAGAAUAGGUACCCAGAUAAAAUACCCGUUGAUCGAUUUAGGCCUCAUUUGAUGAGCGGUGGAAGCGAAAGUAGCACAGAUUACAUCAAUGCCAGUUUCCUAAAUAGUCCUAGCUGUAAGGGGGUGUAUAUAGUUACCCAAAUGCCUUGGCCUCAUAACGUCAAUGAUAUGUGGAGGAUGGUCAAUGACUACAAUGUGACUUGCAUUGUCAUGUUGAACCCUAAACAUGACAUGAACCAAUCAUGUGGCCAAUACUGGCCCGAGGAACAAUCACCCAUAAAAAGUGGUAGUUACACGAUCACACUACAACAUACCGAACGGAUUGAUGACAACAUUAUUGUGCGAUACAUGACAUUGGUAACUUGUGGCAAGCAGAGGGCGCGUUUGAUAUGCCAUCUACAGUUCCUGGACUGGCCCAAUGAAGGUUUACCAUCGUCCUGUAAAUCUGUCUUGAAGCUAGUAAAAGCAGUGAAGAAAUGGAAGCAAGAACAUGGAAAACAUCGAGUAGCUGUGCACUGCAUUGACGGUGAGGGCGCCAGUGGUACAUUCUGUGCUCUUUCAAACAUCAUGGAGAAACUGGAGGAUGAAAAGGUGGUGGAUAUUUUCCAGUCAGUCAAGAAGAUCAGAGCAACCUGCCCUAGAUUAGUAUGGUCACUGGCGCACUACACGUUUUUAUAUGAAGCAGUGAAGACUUACCUAAACCAGGACGUUGUGUAUGAAAACCUCUUGUAAUGACCGUUCACAGAAAAGGAUGCAUAUCUUCGUCGUCGAAAUCAGAGAGUUCACAAUAUGCAAAAUGAGCAUUGAUACACUAAACCGCACUGGAAACUAUUGGUAAUUACCUCAAAACAAUUGUUAGCAUAAAA